AUGUCGACAUUGAGACCCAAGGUGCACACGGACCAGAGGGCCUCCGAGCACCGACCGUCUCGAGAACGGGCAGAGGGCGGACAGCAGCGCCCGAAGCCUGUCUUCCAACAGACAAACGAGGAGCCCGCCGCUGCCCUACCGACAUUACGGCCACGGCCCGAGGCUGCUUCGACACCUUUUGCCGCACGGCAGACCCCAGUCACGCACGAGCUAGCCUCCGACGACCCGGAUGCUGGCCGUGCGGCGCUCGCGUCGGCGCUGUUCCAAGCGUUGGGGACUCGUCCUGUUCCAUGGGAAACACGCCCAGCUGCCGACGAGGACCGGGGGACACUGCCAUCGACAAACGAGUUCAAACCCGCACGCGUCGCUGAGGAGGCGGAUGAAGAAUGGGCGGAGGCUGUGACCGAACACUCGGAGCCCCCCUCGUGGACACGGGAAGGAUCACCCUCAACCACGUCGGAAAGCGCCCAUCAACACCCGCACAUUUCUAGUCCGCAGCUGGUGUCGCUGGCAUCAGCUUUCGACAUCCCCUUGCCGUUCGCCCUCGGUGGCGCUGGAAAGCUGCCCAACGCAGCCCAGCACCUGCACAUUGUUGACGCCAACCACCGCGUGGACAUUCCGCUCUCCAGUCACAGCUGCAAAUACUUGCAAACGCGAAUGAGCAAGUAUCACGAACGGACCAUGACGGCCAGUCCCGAGAUUGCCUCCAUCGCGUUCCCUCCCAUUCCUCCCAAGCAGUUUGCGCUCAGUGCCGACCCCGUUCUUGGCCUCCGCAUCCUGCCCGCUAUCGAGGAGCGCCUCGGUCUACAGGGCCUGUACGCCGUGCCGUGCAGUUUGACCCUCCGCCGCUCACGGUCCGCGCACGCCGUCGACAUUCCCGUCUCGAUCGCCGAGAAACCCAUGAUCGGCAAGAUUAUCGUCUGCCUCCCGUCUGAAUUUGAAGGCGGGUCGCUUGACAUCAAGCUCAAGGACCACGAGAUGUCGUUCAACUUUUCAGCAUCCCAGUCGGCCAAGAGCAAGACAUACACCUGGGCAUUCUAUCGCGCCGGUUCGCGCGCAGUGUUGAAUCCCGUCCGCGGUGGUAGUCGCGUCACUGUCGAGUAUGACGUGUACCAAUACCAGACGGAUCCGCCCGCUGCGUGCGAGUCGGAAAUGCAGAGGUGGAACAUCAACACUGAGACGGAUGGCUGGCCGACGCAGCACGACACUGCGCUGCGUGAACUGCUCUCCGACCAGUCCUUCCUGCCCAACGGCGGUCUACUCGGCUUUGGGUCGUCGCACGAGUAUCCCGACAUGUACUCGAAACCCGGCGAGCCCUUGAAGCUCAGGUAUGUGGAGGAGACCCCCAGCGGCAGAUCCUGCUCGGGCACGAUCCCGCCCAGAGGUGCCGACAACUACUGGACCAUGGCGAUGCGUCACUACUCGAUCCGCUACGAAAUGAAGAGUUUUAUCGCCACGCUCGGCCCCGGCGAUGACCCCCUCAGCUCGACCAUGUGGAAUGUCCCGCAAGCACACAUCACAUGGGUCAUCCCCCCGCGACUCGUCAAGUAUGUCAACGGCAAACGCGCAGGCUUUGCCGCGACGCACAACCCUGCAGCUCGGCUCAGACGGUACGACGAGCAGUACAUGAGUACCGCGCUCUUCGCCGAGAUCCCGCCCGCUGGGCUUCGCCCGCGAUUGCUGGAAUCCGUGGACAGACGGAGGGCCCGUGGCAUUGGCCGCGAUUGA